GUCUACAUUUUGAAGUUUAUGUCACAAAAUUCUAUAAUUUUAGCCUACAAAGAAUUUUUAUAUAGCAUUGAAAAAUUAAGACAUUUUGCAAGAGAAAAUAAUAAAACUGAGUCAUUGGAAAGGUUCCAUUUAGAAGGAAGUGAUACAUUUCCGAAAAUCAUUCACGCCUUUGAAAAGGCAUCAAAGGAACCAUGGCUCUUACAAUGCUGUUGUUCCCAGGUAAUUUGGAAGGCAUGUAGACAGCAUAUGGGAAAUGUUUAUACCUUGCCUAUUCCUGGACGGCUUAGAGAUAUAAUUUUAAUGUUUCAUUAA